UGUCUCAGAUAUUAAACGAGACUUAGGUUAUACAAGAUCCUCUGGUCAUAAAGCCUGGAGAAAUAUCUACCGCAGGUUAAAAGAUGCUGGUCUUGUUGAAGAAUUGCAUGCUGUUGUGAAUGAAAAGGCUGAGAUUUGCCUAAGGUUGGUGAAGAGGUUUCCUGAAAAGAAUUUAGAGCCAAAUCUUCUUGGAUGUGAUGAUCAUCUUGACAAAGGACAACAGUUGAAGUUUGGAAGGUCAGUUCUGAAUGUUGAUCAGAUUGUAGAGCUUCCCAUUGAUAAUCAAAUUUAUGAUAUGGUUGAUGCUGAAGGAUCUGAGGGUUGCCAUCAUGAUGGUUUGUGAGAGGCUUGGAAUUGAUAAGAAAAAGAGCUAUUCUCGAUUCUUUAACAUGUUCUCUCGGUUUGGGAUGCACCUGCAAGCUGAAAGCCUUAAAAAAACUACUGCUUAUCGAGUUUGGACAUCUGGGAAUUCUUAUUGUAAAUCAUCAAAUGCAUUUUUGACUAAAUCAAAUGAUACGAAUGAUGACAAGCAGAUUUCUAGUCUUGAUUGUGGCCAUUCAGAAGUGCCUGAUGAAUCGAACCAGAAUCUUAUAGAAUAUAAUCCUUCAACAUCUGCAGUCGAUACUCCUGUGAAAGUGAAUGAUAUGGAAAAUGAUACUGAAAUUUCCUGCAGCUCCCUUGGAGAAACUAACAAUAUUGUUUUAUAUUCAGACAACGUGCAAAGGCUUCCAAGUGAGCAAAGUAAUACUGCCCAGGAUGCAGAACUUGAUUUAGUUAUGACAGAGAGCCAAAUAUGUGCUUCUCCACCAAAACCAAUAGGUCUUGAUUUGUUGAAGUCAUCUGACUCCGGGUCUUAUCAGACAUAUUCAAGUCAAGUUCUGACUGCUGAUGGUGCUCGAAGGGAGCAAAGAAUACUUGGACGUUUACAGGAUGAGAAGUUUCUUUUGAGAGCCGAAUUGUAUAGAAGGCUUGUGGAACUUGAGAAGGACAAGAGCACAAAAUUGGAUAGGAAGACAGUUGAUCGAUUGUUAAAGAAGCUUCAGCAACAAGGGCACUGCAAAUGCGUGCACAUUAAUGUGCCUGUUGUGACGAAUUGUGGACGAAGCCGUAUUACUCAGGUGGUUCUGCACCCAUCUGUUGAAGCUUUAAAUCAAGAACUGAUAAGUGAAAUUCAUGACAGAUUGAGAUCAUUUGAAAUGCAAGUCCGUGGCCAUGGAACAUCGAAGCUGAAAAGCAAUGAUUCAAUUCCUGUAUUAGAUGGUGUCCAGAGAACUCAGGGCCAUGUUGAUUCAGAUGCCAAAGCUGCUAAAUCAGAAGCCAUUCGUGCCAAUGGUUUUGUGCUGGCAAAAAUGGUUCGCUCAAAACUGCUACAUCGGUUUUUAUGGGGAUUCUUGAGUAGUUUUCAUGGUUGGGAUGAUGAUUUAUCACUUGACAAACACCUGCAUGAUCAGAAAAAUCUUCAUGGUUCAUGCAUUUUAUUUUCACUGGAAGCAGCCAUAAAAGCUAUCCCACUUGAACUUUUCUUACAAGUUGUUGGAACUGCUCUGAAGUUUGACGAUAUGAUUGACAAGUGUAACAAAGGCUUUUGUCUUUCUGAUCUUCACAUUGAAGAGUAUAAGCUUCUAAUGGAUACUCAGGCAACUGUAAGACUUUCUUUGCUCAUUGACAUCCUACGGCGCUUGAAGUUGAUUCGGCUGGUACCUGAUGAAUGUUCAGAUAACAGAUUAAAGGUACCACAUGCCAAUUUGACCCAUGCUAUGGAGCUUAAACCUUACAUAGAGGAACCACUGUCAUGGGUUGCCACAUCUACUUCUAAAUCUCUUGAUCUUCGUCCAAGAAUCAGGCAUGAUUUCAUCUUGUCUAAUAGAGAAGCUGUUGAUGACUAUUGGAAAACUUUGGAAUAUUGCUAUGCGGCUGCUGACCCAAGAGCUGCUUUACAUGCAUUCCCUGGAUCUGCUGUUCAUGAGGUUUUCCUUAAUCGAUCAUGGGUCUCAGAUCGAGUUAUGACUGCUGUUCAGCGUGCUGAGCUCCUAAAGCGAAUUGUGAAGGAUGACUUAAAUGAAAAACUUUCAUAUAGAGACUGUGAAAAAAUUGCAAAGGAUCUUAGCCUGACCUUACAGCAGGUGCUUCGUGUAUAUUAUGAUAAGCAGCAAAAGCGCCUAAAUAGAUUUCGGGGUUUUCCAAAUAGCAAUAAAGAGCAGUAUCAACGACAAAGAUAUAAACGGUCAUCUAAUCGGAAAAGAAAGAGAGGCUCAACCGCGAAAUCAAAAGGAAGUAUAAAAGCUGAUGCAAGAUCCAUACAAUUAGAUGUAAAGGAGGUUGCUGCAUUACCUGAUGGCAUUGAUGGAUUAAAAGACGACUAUUCUUUAGCUCCAGUUGGAUCUGCUGUCUCUCAAGCGAAUCAGGAAGCUGAUAAUGUUGAAGCCAUGGACAAGCUAGGGUCACUUGAAGAAGACGAGGAGUGUGAUUCCUUAAUUAGCCAGAGUUUCUUUCCGAAAAUGAAGUCAACACGUAAAAAAAGAAUAUCAUGGACCGAUAAAGCGGACAGGGAAUUGGUAACCCAGUAUGCAAGGUACCGUGCUGCCAUGGGGGCAAAAAUUCACCGUGUAGAUUGGACUUCACUUGCUGGCCUACCAGCACCUCCUCAUGCUUGUGCAAGAAGAAUGGCAUCCCUAAAUAGAAGUGAAAAAUUUAGGAAAGCAUUAAUGAAGCUAUGCAAUAUGCUUAGUGAACGAUUUAUGAAGCAUCUUGAGAAAAGCCAAAAUACGUCGUCUGACAGUAGUGAUUGCAGACUUCUUCGAUUUCCAGCAAUUCAAUUCUCCUAUGGAAUCGAACAUGGGGAAGAUGCAGACUUUGAGGUGGAAAGAUGGGAUGAUUUUGACGACAGAAAAAUAAAAAGUGCUUUGGAGGAUGUUCUUCGUUUUAAACAGAUUGCCAAACUGGAUGCCUCUGCAAGGGUCGGAUCGAUAUCUGCUGAGUGGUCAAGUAUAAACAUGAAUUCGGAGGUUUAUCAGGACCAACAAGGAUCUGAAAUGGUUCUGGCAACCGCCCAAGAUGAGUAUAUAGGAAUGCCUGGUGCUGGUCGACGCAAAGGCUCUAUCCGAAGUUCAGAACACCAUUGCUUUCGUCAAAAGCUAGUUAGGCUUUGGAAUGUAGGAAAUGGCGUUGGCAGACAAGUACACGAAUCGUUGGCUGUUUCUAAUGCUGUUGAACUAUUUAAGCUUGUUUUUUUAAGCAUAUCUACAGCACCACAAUUUCCAAAUUUGCUCUCAGAAACUUUGCAUCGUUAUUCAGAGCAUGAUCUGUUUGCAGCUUUUAGCUAUCUUAGAGAUAGAAAAAUUAUGAUUGGUGGUACUUGCGGUCAACCUUUUGUACUUUCUCAACAGUUCUUGCACAGUAUUUCCAAGUCUCCAUUUCCUUGCAAUACAGGCAAGAGAGCAGCUGAUUUUUCUGCUUGGAUUAGUGAAAGAGAAGAAGAUCUUAUGGAAGGGGGAAUUAAUCUGACUGCAGAUUUGCAGUGUGGUGAUAUUCUCCAUUUGUUUUCUCUGGUUUUUUCUGGUGAACUUUCUCUUUCCCCAUGCUUACCAGAUGAAGGUGUUGGAGAAGCUGAAGACUUGAGAAGCUUUAAACGUAGAGCUGAGGAUAACGAAUUAUGUGAUGCAGAUAAGGCUAAGAAAUUAAAAUCCAUUGCAGAAGGUGAGUUUGUUUCUCGACGAGAAAAGGGAUUUCCUGGCAUCAUGGUAUCCGUGUAUCGCACAACAUUUCCAACAGCCACUGCUUUAGAAUUGUUCAAGGAUGAAGAGACAUUCAACCCUGAACUUUCGAAUGAUGAAAGUUCAACUAAUUUGGACCAUAUAAAGGAAAUGCUUGAGGUCAAUAGUAAUGUCACUGUAGCAUCAAAGUCUAGUGAGUCACCUUGGGAAGAUAUGGCUAGUUACACCAAGCAUCUGUUGUCAAAUCCUUCUGAUGAAGGACUAGGUGGUCACUUUGGUCCUGAGAUCAUCAAGGCUGUUUGCUCUGAAAUUCAGAAGGCUGGGGACCAAGGUUUAAGCAUAGAAGAUGUUUUUAGUCUUGUAAAAUUCCAGGAGAAAAGACACCUGAAAUUAUCAUUGAUACGCUCCAAGCAUUUGGACGAGCUAUCAAGGUCAAUGCUUAUUACUCUGUUCGUGUCGUUGAUGCUUUAUACUACUCCAAGUAUUUUCUUGCCACAAUUUCUCGUUUCCAUCAAGAUCUUAAACCAUCUUUGUCACUAACAUGCCAAGAAAAGGAUGGUGGCAACUUGGUCCUU